CUGUGCCGUACCUUGCAGGGCCAUGCGCACUGGGUCAACACCAUGGCCCUCAGCACGGAUUAUGUUCUCCGGACAGGAGCCUUUGAGCCAGCCAAAGCUUCUAUCAACCCCCAGGAUUUGAGCGGAUCAUUGGCGGAAAUCAAGCAAAACGCACUAUUGAGAUACAAUCAAAUCCGGGGCCAAGGACCGGAACGGCUGGUCUCUGGAUCAGAUGAUUUCACUUUGUUUCUUUGGCUUCCCGCCGAAGAUAAGAAGCCGUUGACAAGAAUGACGGGCCAUCAAGCGUUAAUCAAUCAAGUCGUCUUCUCCCCUGACACCCGCACCAUCGCCAGCGCAUCCUUCGACAAGUCAAUCAAGCUUUGGGAUGGACGGACCGGGAAGUAG